AUGUUUGACCCACGGUUUUACACGAAAGCUGAGUGCUGCGGCUCUGGAUGGGCCGUCUUAGACCCAUACACCUUCUCCGUGGCUCCCCUGCCAGCCUACCCAAGCAGCCAGGAUUGGACCAUCGGCCACCCCUCACUCGCGCCAGACCAGCUACACUGGGAAGCACUGAUCCAGCAUGCGUCGGUCGAAAAGCGGAUCUCAUCAACGGUUGGGACUGUGUCUCUAAAGGUUUUCAAAGGCGACAUGCCGCACGUCCAGGUCUACAACCUAGACGCAUCGGGGCAGGUCGCGCCGUCCACCAUUUUAGACGUGGGUGCGAACUAUGGCGGCGUGGCGGUGGCCCUCGCAAAGCUUUACUCAUACGCUCGUUUUGUCGUGCUGGAGCCGAACCCACUCUUGUGCCGCUUCUUGUUGUGGAACCUGCGUCGCCACGGCCUGACAAACCGCGUGUGGCCGCUUUGCGCAGGCGCCGCUCCACAGAUCGGAGAGGUGCUCAUGCAGCCUUGCCACGAACCUUGGAUUGGACACCUAGUGAAUUCCUGUAUGAACAUGGCCAUGCGCACGUUCAAUGCAAGCACGGAAGCUUCCUCUGCCGCUGUCGUGAAGGUGCCCACACUCGUGCUUCGCGAAGUCCUGCAUGGCGUUGGCUGGACCAAUCUGGAUCUGCUGAAACUGGACUGCGAAGGCUGUGAGUGGCGCGCAGCACUGGACCCUGCCGUUUGGCCAGCGCCCUCUGCUGCAGUUGGUGAACUGCAUUUCAACUGUGCAGACACGUCUUGCUGGCCUCCAAGAGCGAAGGGCCUGCAUGACAGAGACAAUUGCAGCCACGCCGAAGAGUUCGGCUCGCUAGAGGAGAUGUGGGAACUGGUCCGCAGAUGUGGAUGA